CUAAUAUUAUUGGUGGUUCGUGAAGCAUUCCCAACGUUUGCGCAUGGAAACUAGUGAAUUUCGAAGCACUGUCGAAUUCUUGACCUCAAAAAAAUGGCUCAACCCAAAACUACGAUGGGUAAUGUUAACCCAGCAUUCAUUCCUACGGAACCACCCCCAGAGUAUGCUUAUACCAGUGAACCAACGAUACCGCCUCCGGCAUCAAAAGCACCCAUAGAAGAAAAAAAGGAAAAAUUGAAAGAUGAUUUAGGAGAAAGUGAACCUGUAAGAGCUGUGUGGGGUAAUCAAAUCGAGUUUCUCAUGUCCUGUAUAGCAACAUCCGUGGGUCUCGGCAACGUAUGGCGAUUUCCCUUUGUUGCUUAUCAAAACGGCGGCGGAGCUUUCCUUAUUCCAUAUAUAAUAGUUCUAUUACUAAUAGGAAAGCCCAUGUAUUACGCUGAAGUAAUAAUAGGACAAUUCAGCUCUAGAAAUAAUGUCAAAGUGUGGGCAAUGGCUCCAGCAAUGAAAGGAGUUGGUUACGCACAGUCAUUGGCUUGUGCAUAUAUUCUUUCCUACUACGUAUCAAUCGUAGCCUUAUGUCUAUACUAUUUAGCUAUGAGCUUUACUGCAACGUUACCAUGGUCUGUUUGUGAACCUCACUGGGAAAAUUGUGUACCAUCUGGAUUGACGGAAAAUAUUACCCUAACGAAUGAUUCUGUUACCAGUGCCGAAUUGUAUUUUGUACGCACAGUACUUCAACAAAUUGAUGGAAUUGAAGAUGGUCUUGGUACACCUUUAUGGUACUUGACACUAUGUCUGCUAGCAUCAUGGUUUGUAAUCUUCGUCAUCGUGUCCAGAGGUGUUAAAAGUUCAGGAAAAGCAUCAUAUUUCCUUGCCAUCUUUCCUUACGUCGUAAUGAUCAUUCUUCUAAUAAGCACGGCUAUUCUGCCCGGAGCUGGAGACGGUAUUGUUUUCUUCAUAACGCCGCAGUGGGAAAAGUUACUUGAACUUAGCGUUUGGUAUGCGGCCGUUACACAAGUGUUUUUCUCGCUAUCAGUAUGUACAGGACCGAUUAUUAUGUUUUCUUCAUAUAACGGGUUCAAACAAAAUGUUUACAGGGAUGCAAUGAUCAUAACAACCUUGGACACGUUCACUAGUUUGCUCUCUGGUAUAACAAUUUUUGGUAUCCUGGGCAAUUUAGCGCAUGUCUUGCAACAACCUGUCUCUGAUGUAGUUGGAUCAGGAGGCACCGGUCUUGCAUUUAUCUCUUAUCCUGACGCUAUCGCUAAGACUUUCCAACCUCAGCUAUUUUCAGUUCUUUUCUUCUUGAUGAUGUUGGUUCUCGGAAUAGGAUCUGGCGUGGCACUGUUAACUUCUGUCAACACUAUUUUGUUGGAUGCUUUUCCCCGCGUGCCAACUAUCGUGAUGUCGGCAGGCAGUUGCACAGUUGGUUUUAGCAUGGGCCUCGUUUAUAUGACUCCUGGUGGUCAAUACAUAUUGGAAUUGGUUGAUUAUUACGCUGGCACUUUCUUAGUAUUAUUCUGCGGUAUCACAGAAAUUGUUGGCUUAUUUUGGAUUUAUGGUCUUGAAAACAUUUGUCUUGAUAUUGAGUUCAUGUCUAAUCGUAAAACAUCCAUAUAUUGGCGGUUCUGCUGGGGCUUCGUUACGCCAGCUAUGAUGAUUAUUGUAUUCAUUUACGCGCUGGUAACGGUUGAAGCCUUGGUAUUUGGGGAAGAUUACAUAUAUCCUGUUUUGGCUUACGUUUCUGGAUACUUAAUAUUGGCCAGCGGAGUUGUACUUUUACCAUUAUUUAUAUUUGUGACUAUGUACCAAAACAAAAACGCUGGCAAUUUGAGGGAUAAUCUCAAGAAAUCAUUCCGGCCAAAAUCUUCAUGGGGCCCGCGCCCAUUAGGCCUUAGAAGCGAAUGGAAGUUAUUCAAAGAAGUUGCUAAGAUGAAGCGACAGCAAAUGAGAACGUCGUGGCCCAGGCAUAUUUGGCUAAUUAUGACUGGUGGAUAUAGACGGAAUGUGUAG